AUGGCCACCUCAGCACCCCAGCAAGCACAGAAUCAGCAAUCGCAUGUACCCUUCUCGUCUCGGCCGGUGAAAACAGCCCCUAUACCACGCUCCGAUGCAUUGCGCGAACGCCGGAGGGACAUGUUCUUGCGCAAAGUCCGUCAGUCUCGCGAUGACAAUAAGUGGGACUCGAGGAUAGACGACAUGGCCAGACUCGACUACCUGAAAGAGAAGCGACGAUGGGAAGCCGAACAAGUACGAUCCGCACCACAACUACAUCCCGACUUUGCAGAAGCAGAAGAAGCCUCUGAGUACGACCUGCCAACAUACAACAGCCAGACGGCAUGGGAUCCACAAUCGCGAUUCGACUAUCCUCUAGACCCCGAAGCCGAUGCUAUUCUACAACAAGAAAAUGAAGAGCUGGAAGCCUUGGUCGCUUUAAUGCAAGAAGAUGAACAACGUCAAAACCAGCAGUCGAACAGUCAAGAAGCAUACGAUGAUCGUUCGUCAGCUUUCGGUAGCGAUGACGAUGAGUAUGAUAAUAUCUUCAUGAAUCUCAUAGAUGAGACUGGUGGUGCAGCUGGUGGUUCUGGGCAGCAUCAAUCCACAGCAGAUGACGAGAUGGACUUGAGCUAG